GUUUUUCAAACAUCAAGGUCGCGGUCAGCAAGUUUUUAAAGACUUCACGAAAUCAUGUGCGGAUCUCGCUUAUUAAGAAUAUUAGAUCAAUCAUGCACUAUUAUUACUGUUCGCAGAUACCAAAGAAUGAGUUGCGAUACGAUUAAUCCCCAUGUAGUGAAGCUUCAGUAUGCUGUUCGUGGACCGAUAGUACUUAGGGCAUCAGAAUUAGAGAAAGAAUUAUCUCAAGUUAGAUUAUCUUAGUUUUUACUCAUAAAUUAGGGAUCAGCAAAAAGGUUCAAUAAAAUUAUCCGUUGUAAUAUUGGAGACUGCCAUGCAUCUGGUCAAAAGCCCAUAACAUUUAUACGUGAAGUUUUGUCCGCCGCGACAAAUACCCAUAUUAUGGAUACUAACCUGGUUCCAGACGAUGCCAAACUUAGAGCCAGAAGGUUUCUGGACAGUUGUGGAGGAAGUGUCGGAGUUUACAGUCAGCCUACAGGCGUAGAAGUUGUCCGUGAAGAUGUUGCAAAAUACAUAGAACAACGGGAUCAGUUACCAGCUAAUCCUCAAAACAUUUUCUUAUCCAAUGGGGCAAGUGAAGCCGUUAAGUCAAUUCUUCAACUAAUAUCCACUGGAGAAGAUGGAUGUAAACGUGCUGGUAUUAUGGUCCCUACACCUCAAUAUCCUCUUUAUUCAGCAACCAAUGCUGAAUAUAACGCUUAUCAGAUUGACUACUAUUUAGAUGAAUCAAAUGGAUGGGAUUUAAGUAUUGAGAAUUUAGAAGAAGCUUUAGAAAAAUGCAAAAAUAAAUGUAUCCCACGUGCUUUAGUGGUAAUUAAUCCUGGUAAUCCAACUGGUCAAUUAUUAUCAAAAGAGACGAUUACAAAUGUUUUAAAAUUUGCUUACAAGCAUAAUUUAAUUGUACUAGCUGAUGAAGUUUAUCAACAUAAUAUUUAUGCACCAAAUACAGAAUUUAUUUCAUUUAAACGUGCUUUAUAUGAUAUUGGUGAAAGAAUUUCCACAGAAUUACAAUUAGCAUCAUUUAUGUCAUGUAGUAAAGGUUUUAUGGGAGAAUGUGGUCUUCGUGGUGGCUACUGUGAACUUGUGAAUUUCCCUGAAGAGGUUCAACAACAGCUUUAUAAAUCCCUUUCAGCUCGAUUAUGUUCUACACUAUUAGGUCAACUAACAAUGGAUGUAGUUACUAAUCCUCCGAAACCUCAUGAACCAUCUUAUGAUUUAUUUAUGAAAGAAAAAUCAACAGUCCUUCAAGAACUUAAACAAAAAGCUGAAUUGACUACAAAAUCAUUAAAUUCACUUCCAGGCUUCUCAUGUAAUCCAAUCGCUGGAGCAAUGUAUGCAUUCCCACGAAUUGAUUUACCUAAAAAAGCAAUUGAAAUUGCAAAAUCGAAAGGUAUGCAACCAGAUUUUAUGUACUGUUUGGAAUUUUUGGAAGAAUAUGGCGUCUGCGUCGUUCCAGGAUCCGGAUUCGGUCAAGUACCAGGAACUUGGCAUUUUAGAAUAACAAUUCUACCUAGUAUUGAAGAAAUGGAAAUUGUCAUGGGUCGUUUGAAAGAAUUCCAUACAGCUUUCUUGACAAAAUAUUCUUAAAUUGACAAAGUGUAUGAUGAUGCAAUAAAGUAUCUAAGAAAAUCUGACAUUUCUAUUUAUAUUUAUACACAUAUACAUGUACCUCUCACAUUCAUAUUGUAUGCAGAAAGAUAAUUUUAUUUUUUCAGAUUUAAUCAGAGUUUAUUUCUGUUCUAUUCUUUUCAUAAAAAUUACUUGAUUCUUCUUCAGUUGGCUUUGAAUCAAUCGUGUUCAAUUAUGUAAAUGGUGUAUGUGGAAAAAAGUGACUUCAAUGAUUGAAUAAUUUUUGAUUAAUUUCCCUCUCUUUUUUUAAAAAAAACGAAUUUUUUUUCUCCAUGUCAUCCACCUGACUUCCCGUUUAUUUCAUUAACAUGUUUUCUUUUCUCUAAAAGAUAAAAAAAAGGUUAAGAAGAAUCCCUUUGAUCAGCAGUAUAACAUAAUUUGAUGAGUGAUUGUUUAUCUUUAAUCAUAUGAAAAAGCGUGAAUUACUAAAUUCAUUAUGGUUUAUGUUUAUUUAUUGAUACAUAACUGAUAUCACAUGAAAAAUCGAUAAAACUCCAAUAAAUAUUUAUUAUUUCCUCA